AUGGUUGAAUAUUCAGAGCUUUGGGAUGUUAUCUAUGAUGGACCCUUCAUUCCUACGAAGACCAUUGGUGACCUAGUCGUGAUAGUUCCCAAAACAAGAAAGGAAUACAACGAUGCUGACCACACGGCUAAUAGAGAAGAACUUUCGAGCAAAAAAAUCCUUAUAUGUGCUUAUGAAGGGACAACUCAAGUCAAGCAGUCGAAGAUUGAUAUGCUAACCAUAAAGUAUGAUCUUUUCAGGAUGAAGGAUGAUGAGUCCAUUCAGGAUACACACACUUGCUUCACCUCUAUCAAUGAGCUUCACUAUCUGGGAGAAAUCAUUCCCAGGAACAAACUUGUCAGGAAAAUACUUAGUGUAUUACCUGGUUCUUGGGAAAGCAAAGUAAAUGUUAUCACAGGGUCAAAGGAUCUGCAGAAGCUGACCAUUGAUGAACAUUGGCAAUCUGAAAACUUAUGA